AUGGAGUGGAAGCCGACGGCGCACCUAACGCCCAGCGUGAUCACGAGGAACAUUCGAGCGGUGGAGGCGGAGCGAACGCAGCUAAAGGGCGAGGAAAGGGAGACAGCGAGGAGAUACAACGAGGAAUUGGGAGAACAGCCUAGCGACAGCAGCGCGACCAGCAUACCCUCAGGAGUAGGAUCGAGGGAUCUGGGAAACGGUUCCAUGUAUGCCCCUUGUGCAUGUGCAGAGCACCGUCAUCUGGUGGACAAUGCUGUCGGCGACAUCGCAUCUGACUGUAUCGGAGCAUACGCCAACGACUGUCACAAGAAGCAAAUGGAUCACAACCGCCGAACAGCACUGCUGCAAAGAAUGGAUGCUGUAGACCUUCCAGGACACGAUACCGCGUCUGCCAAAGUCACAGUCAACACUGAAGUGGAGGAACACCCUCAUGCGUGA